GGUUAGAGGGAUGCAGCACGGUAAACAUACAGUAGCUUUUUUCGACGGAUACUCAAAUAUAGCACCCUAAACGUGUAAAUGACAUAUUAAAACUAAUAAUUCAACAACAUUCAAUAGCACCAUGGACGAAAGACAUUGGUGGAUUGCAGGGAAGAUCCAGGAAAGCUUCCACAUUGGGGGGUUUGACAACCCGACUUUGUUGGAAGACUUUCUGAUCGUAGAGGAGACUAUGGAGAUAAUAAACGAUUUCCUUCAUGCGGGUGGUCUAUGCAGGCUGUUUUUCUACAGUGACAAACCAGCAUCAGGGACGCUUUCCACACGAGAGUUACACUUGACAAGAAGUCUGGCGACACUGAAAGAUACGGAUUUAGAUGGUGUAAAUAUUUUGUACUUUCUUCGGUACAACGUAGAACAAGAGGUCGACGCAUCCCGCAUCGAGAAAGAUGUUUACUGUGGAGAACUGAAGACUGGAACUUUAGAGUGCUUAAAUGCUCUCCUGACUGAUAUUUAUAUUCCACUGGUUAAAGCACAAAAAGAAUGGGGUAAUUGCACAGAGGAUUGCCAAGUUCAGCUGUUAUCUAAUAUGGAAAAAUUUCAAAACUCGCUCUCUGAAUCGGCCUCUAGUGUUCACGCUUCCAAGCAGCUGAUGCUAAGGCAACCUGAGCACCUUAUUAGCAAUGAUUUCAAGCAACACCGACUUGCUGCCCUGGAUCAGAGUAUUAUUGCUGAAUAUGAAGAACUGGUCACUGACUGGAUGAGCACAAUAGAAGGGAUUCUAACUGACACAUCUGAUGAAAGGUUCAUGGAUCCUAAUGCUGGUCCCCUGUCUGAGCUUGACCGCUGGCGCAGGCGUCAGAGGCUUCUGACCAGUAUCACAGAGCAGUUGAAGGGCAAGGAGUGCAAGGCAGUCAUAGGUGUUCUCAUCACUGCUAAAUCUAGACUGCUGAAAAAAUGGAAAGCAGUUGAUGCUGGAAUCACAGAUGCUAUGAAUGAAACCAAGGACAAAGUGAAAUACCUGGAGUCACUGAAGCGGCAUAUUGACCAAUUGUACAAUGAUGCCACACCAUUUAAUGUGCUGAACACAGCUUUACCAGGACUGAUGAACACAAUCAAACAGAUGGACUCUAUCUCUAGGUUCUAUGCAAGGGGAGGCUUCCUUGGACUCUUCUUCACAAAGGUUACCAACCAGAUGGUCUUGAUAUGUAAGGAGUACAUUAAAGACAACACUGUUAGUGAUGAGGAUGUGGAUGAACUGUGGGAGUUAGUAAGGUUAGAAGUACAACACAGAGACUUCAGUAACACAACAGACCCACAGCAGAAGCACCUCAGAGAACUGGUGCAAAGUAAACUAAAGGCCUCAAGAGGUAGACCUAGAGCAACAAAAACCAGUGGAGAAGAAGAUGACACUUUGUAUGGCAGAUUGAGAGCUUGUUUGACCCUACAGAGUGCAUACCGAGAGUCUUUGAGGUCUCUCAGAGACUCCCUGGGAGUAGCACACAAUCUGUCACAUUUCCCCUCAAUGAGCAGCAUAGGUGGCCCACCUGGCAGUGUGUCUGGGAGUGUGCUAAAAUAUGCAGUUACCAACCAGAUGGUCUUGAUAUGUAAGGAGUACAUUAAAGACAACACUGUUAGUGAUGAGGAUGUGGAUGAACUGUGGGAGUUAGUAAGGUUAGAAGUACAACACAGAGACUUCAGUAACACAACAGACCCACAGCAGAAGCACCUCAGAGAACUGGUGCAAAGUAAACUAAAGGCCUCAAGAGGUAGACCUAGAGCAACAAAAACCAGUGGAGAAGAAGAUGACACUUUGUAUGGCAGAUUGAGAGCUUGUUUGACCCUACAGAGUGCAUACCGAGAGUCUUUAAGGUCUCUCAGAGACUCCCUGGGAGUAGCACACAAUCUGUCACAUUUCCCCUCAAUGAGCAGCAUAGGUGGCCCACCUGGCAGUGUAUCUGGGAGCCGCCCUAAAGCAAAGGGGUCACGAUUGACGCCAGGAGGAGGGCCUCCCUCAAAGAGAUCAUCCUCAUUGGCUGGAGAUCAUGAAGGUCAUGGGGUCGCCAUGGCUGAUGAGGAGGCCAUCUUAGGUCACAUGGAUGCCUUCUGUGGACGCAUCAGACAAAUGAUUGAUGUGAUCAACACAUUAUCACAAUAUCAAAAGAUGCUGAUCAGUACUGAUGGUCUGCCUCGCCCCAGGAGAGAUGACAUGGCUUAUGAUGGAGAUCUCAGUGAUGAUGAAGACACUGGGUCUCAGGAUGAUGUGCCCCAAUCUCCCUCAAAGUACAAACCUCCCAGUGAUCAUGGUGGUCCUCCACUCAAUGUGAUAGAUGAAGAUGAGGAGGAGGAGCUUGCUAUGAUGGUCGACAGCCGUGAGAAGCAGACCCCCAAGCAUACAAGACGCCAUCAUGAUGAGAGCCAUGACUCAGAGGGGCAACAGGGGCUGACCAAGGAAGAUGCCAAGAUUCUGAGACAAUAUUACCCAGAAGACUCAGAGACUGCAGAGGGUCCCAGUGUGGCUGCUGUGGUAAGAGACCACUCCCAGAAAAUGGCCAAACUCAUGGCAGAGAGUGUGACUACAAAGACUAUGUUAGAUGUAGAGUCAAAGGACAAAGAUAAAUUUGAAGAAACUUAUACAGGAUUUCUCUUAACUGUGCAAGACUUGGAGAAGUUCCUUGGGGCCUACCUCAAUGCUGUGUUCAUGAGGAAAAUGAAAACACAAGAGGGGCUACAAGUGAUAACCAGAUUUACACCAAUCAUGUUCCGUCCAGGUAUCCGAACUGUGAUAAGUGAGAAAUUUGUUGAGAUGUUUAACUGGUAUGAGGGAGAUUUGGAAGAAGUGGCAAAAAUGUAUGAGAAACACAAGGAUGCCCCUCAGAUGCUCCGUAAUGCUCCUCCAGUGGCAGGAGCCAUCCACUGGUCCAGACAGCUGCUCAAACGUAUAGAAGACCCCAUGAAGGUCUUUCGUGAAAACAAAGCAAUUACGCAGCUCAAAGACUUUGGCAGAGUGUGUAAAGUCUACAACAGACUGGCUACAGCUUUGGUGACUUUUGAAAGUCUGUGGUUUAGUGACUGGAAGUCCAGGAUAGAGCAGGCCAGGGAUGGACUCAGAGCCACUCUGUUUGUACAUCACCCAGAGACCAAGCAGGUGGUGGUUAAUGCUGAUGAAAGAGUGCUGGAACUUAUCCAUGAAGCCAAAUGGCUAACCAGGCUGGGCAUAGAAAUCCCAGAAUCUGCUCAAUCUGUCCUGAACCAGGAGGACCGCUUCAAGAGCUACAAAAGUCACCUAGAAUUGUGCCUUCAGGAGUUCCACAGUGUGUGUAACUCCAUCCCUGAGUCUCUCAAGCUCUUAUUUAAAUCUCACAUUGAACAAGUGCAAUUAAAUUUCCAACCAGGGUUGUCCACAUUGGCUUGGAACAGCAUGAAUAUAGAUGCCUUCCUUCACCAAAUCCACACAGCUACAUCCAAGCUGAAAGCACUGGUUGAUGGUGUGAACAAUAUAGUAGAUGUGAAAGUUCAGACAACCAUUGAUAAAGUUAAUGCCAUGUUCCUGUUUGACUAUGAUUUGGCUUUCUCUAAGUCUUGGCCUCCCCAAGAAUUCAUAGAAGUCAUUGUGCAAAGUGUCAAAGACAAGGCCAGGGAAAUGUAUGGCCAUGUGAGCACCAUUGAGAGGGGCAUGCAUGAGAUUGUUACCAUGCUGACCAAUAGAAAGCUGCCUUCUUUUAAUGUACUAAAGAAACUCAAUACAAUGAAGCGCAAAUGGAAGAGAACUAUCGAGAUUGAUGAAGAACAAGCUGAGAAAGAAAAGGAGAAAAGAGAACGGAAAUACCUGCAAAUGGCUGACAUCCCCAUCCCAGCGGGUUUCAAGUCCAACAAGGACAAAGAAAAAGUGACCACCCCAGGACCUGGGAUGACACAAGAAGAGGAGGAAAAACUGAUCAAUGAUAUUCUCAAUCACUACUGCGCCCAGGUGUAUGACGCAGUGCUGAAUUCCACCAGGAGGUCCCUGGUCACCAUUGCUGAGGCAUGUGGAUGUGACAGUGAGACCAUACGAGUUGUCAGUGCCAUGUCCAACCUGUCUGAAAAUUCAGACCCCCAGUCUCAGCCUGCAAGCAGACCAGCAUCCAACAUGAGCAACAGGAGGCCAGGAAGUAGCUUGUCCAUGUUGUCCAACAUGACCUGGACAACUGAGAAAACUCAUGAGCAGACUUACCUGCAACACUUACAGGAUGAUGUGACUUACUUCAGAUUCAAAGUGAAUGUGAAGUUUUCCAUUCCAAACAUCAUCAUUGACCCAGCCUUGGCCAGUAUUCAGACAGCUGUCACUGCAGUGGCCGCAGAGGUCCUGGAGGUGGCUAAAGGUAUCUCCUGGUCAAGUGGUCAGGUGGGGGUUUCCUUCCACACAGCUAUCAUGGAGGACGGUACUCUACAGGAAAUCCUUGAACAGAUCAAGGGCAUAGUAGAAGAUCUGGACCUCAUAGUGAAGCAACAUCUGUUCCACUUCAGUCUAUAUGACUUCUUAUGGAAAGAUGAUAUGCAUGGGAACUACCAGGAGUUCAUCAGUGGGGAUCCAGGCCUCUUUGCCAUCAAACGGGAGGUAGAGAGACUGCUGCGUAUUGAGAGGAAAGUGACCAAUAUUCCAGAAGUGUUGCCAGUGGGACCCAUAUGUUUGCAGACAGCACCCAUAAAAGAUGCUCUCCAUGGAUUUGCUAUGGCUUGGAAGACCAAAUAUGCUUCAGUAUUACAUGAAGAAGCCAAGAAAAAGCUAGAUGCAGCAGUACUCUAUAGGUACAAUGUACGUCAGCGUCUUGAACUUAAUGUCCAGACACUGGACCAACUGAACAGUACUCUUCACUUGCUGGAGGAGGUCAGGGACAUGGAGAACAAUGUAGAUGACAUCUAUCUCCCUAUAGAGACCAUGUAUGCCAAACUUAGGGAGUUUGAGCUCCGCCUGCCUCGUAAUGAGGUGGAGGAAGUGGACCACCUACGUGACAAAUGGCAAGAGCUUCUAGAACUUACAGAGCAAGUACGACAUGAUCUGCUGAAAGAAAAGAGAGGUGCAUUUGAACAGGAGCUGGACAAACAAGUCAAGACAUUUGUAGUGGAGGUGAUCCAGUUCCGCAAUGCCUUUGAUGCCCAGGGUCCAGCUGUGCCUGGUAUACCCCCAGCAGAGGCUGUCCAACGUCUGCAUGACUUCCAGCAGAGAUACACUCUUUAUGAUGCCAAGAGGAAGACACUGGACUCAGUCUCCAGACUCUUUGGAAUUGUGUGUAAGCCUUUCACUGAGUUGGACAGAACUGGAGAGGAACUUGAUCUUCUAGGUCAGCUGUAUGGACUUUUCCAGAAGUUCAUACGGUUUGACAAUAUCUUCAGGGACACACUUUGGGCUGAGGUGAUUCUGGAAAAUGACAACAGAGAGGUGGAAUCCUACUGGGAUGAAUGUCUUGCCUUGCCCAGUAAACUCAAGGACUGGGAUGCUUACAAUGACAUGAAGAACUCCAUUCAGCAGUAUUUGGAUGUAUUCCCCUUACUGCAUAGACUGGCUUCAAAGGAAAUUCGUAACAGACAUUGGCUGCAGGUGAUGUCAGUGACAGGAAGCUCCUUCCAACUGGAGGCCAACGUAUUCAAACUCUGCCAUCUCCUUGACAUAGGACUGAUCAAACACAAAUCAGAAAUUGAAGAAAUCUGCUACUGUGCCAGCAAAGAACAAGAACUAGAAAUCAAGAUGCGUAUCACCGAAGAAGAGUGGACAGAACAAGUCCUUACCUUUGAGAACUACAAAAAGGCAGGGCCCAUCUUUCUGGACAAGACAGUGACCGAGCACCUGCUGGAGCAGUUGGAGGAUGCUCAGGCCCUACUGGCCAAUAUGCUGACCUCUAAGUAUAUAGGUCCACUGAGGGAGGAGGCAGCUAGCUGGGCAGAGAAGCUGAAGGAGGUGGGGCUAGUACUGGAGACCUGGCUGGAGGUGCAGGAUCUGUGGCAGUACCUGGAGGAGGUGUUCAGUAAUGCUACCACAGCCAAGGAACUCCCUCAAGAGGCUAAACGUUUUAGUAGAAUUGACAAGGGAUGGGUAAAAAUGAUGAAGCGUGCCUAUGACACAAGAAAUGUCCUACAGUGCUGUUAUGGAGGUGAUGUCCCAAAGGGGGUUGUUCUAAGGCACAUCUUUGAAGAACUGGAGAUCUGCUUCAAGUCCCUGAUGGGUUACCUGGACAACAAGAGGAGAGCUUUCCCCAGGUUCUACUUUGUGUCAGACCCAGUAUUGCUGGCUAUGUUGAGCAGACCUUAUGAUCUGGAGUCAGUCAGACCUCAUCUCAGAACCAUCUUCACCAAUGUAUAUGAUGUGAAACUGGAGAGAACUGAACCACUGAGCAGUGAGACAGAGUCCGUGGCCAGAUCAGAGACACCAUCAAGGCGUAGUCGUACCCCUGUACCUGGUGAGGGGUCCAGAGCCACUUCCAUAUCUCCUCGUAUACUGCAGACUCCGGCUAAGAUAGACAAAAGGCUCACCCAGAUCCAUGACAAAGACGAGAAGGGUACUGAGGCCUCCCCAGCUCUUCGAAAUGAUCGCAAGUUUAAAAACAAAAAGCGCCAGUCAAACAUCCACCCCAGCCUGAUGGCCCAUACUGCCACAGUGCUGCCCUCUGAGCAGGUUGCAGUAGAGGAGACUGUAGUACAAGAGGCAGUGGCUGUCACCAGUUUGGAGGGAGAGAUGCUGAAUCUCAAUGAAACAAUUUCCCUGUCUGAUGGAGUGGAGAUGUGGCUGCAGCAGUUGAGGGAAUCUGUUGGAAUCACACUCCAUGAGAUGUCUGUAUCUGUGUGCCAGGAGGUCAAUGCUAAUGUCACCAUGGACGAGUGGGCAUUCAGGUACCCAGCCCAAGUUUGCAGAAUUGGCCUGUUGUAUUACUGGACCAGGGAGUGUGAGCAGGGCGUACAGGAGAUCAAAUACGACAGGAAAUCCCUGAACAAUAUCUCCAAGAAGUUCCAGGGAGCCACCAGUAAGCUGCCAGCCAUGUUAGUCCGGAACCAGUGGCGCACCCUAGAUGAGGCCAUGAUGCCAAUGCAUCGGCUAAGACUGGAGGCCAUGAUUACUUACUGCCUGUACUUGAGAGACAGCAUAGACUACAUGAGCAAUAGAAAGCUGAGGGAGACCACAGACUUUGAAUGGAGGAAAAAUGCCAGAUGUUAUCUGCAGGAAGUCAGUGAGGAGACAGAGCCAGUCAUCUACAUGCUGGACACCAAGUAUCAAUAUGGCUGUGAAUUCUAUGGAGCUCAGCAGAUGAUCACCCCCACUCCCAUCAAUGAGCGUUGCUUCCUAGGGAUGUCCCAGGCCCUGGCACAGUUCAAGGGGAGUGCUAUACAUGGGGGAACUGGAGUGGGGAAGACUGAGACAUGCAAGGGUCUUGCCCAAAUUCUAGGAAAUUUCCUUGGAAUUUUCCAAUGUUCUGAAAAGAUGGAUCCAUCAUCUUUAGGCAAGAUGUUACAAGGAUUAUCCAUGGAUGGCUCCUGGGGUUGCUUUGAUGAGGCGCAGCUGGUGUCUAAGGAAGCUCUCUCUGUAUUCUUGGACUGUGUGACAGCCAUAUUUGGAGCCAUCAAGGCCAGGAAAGACUACUGUUACUUUGGAGAUGGACAGGAGGUAAAUGUCAAGAAGAAUGUUGCUAUCUACAUGACCAUCAACCCUACCACAGCGCCCCCUAACUUCACCAUGCCAGAGGAUGUGAAAGCAUUAUUCAGAUCUGUAGCACUUGUCAUGCCAGACUACAGUAUAGUUCUCAAAACUAAGUGCACCUCAGCUGGCCUCAAAGCACCUGCUAUACUAGGUGCCAGGAUGAAAAUUAUCACAGAUCUUGCUAAGGACUUGCUGACUCCAGAGUGCCAACAUCAGUUCAGCUUGACUGCUUUGACUGGUGUCCUGCAGAGGGCAGCACAGAAGAGGAAGUCUCUCAAGGAGGAGAAGUCAUUUGAUAGGCUGGACAAGAAGGAAGAGACUCAGAUGUCCAGGUCCAACAGCCAGGCCUCUGUCCAGUUGCCUACUAUGAUGUCUACAAGUCUGACAAGUCCAGCUCCAGGUCAGAGACAAGCAGACAAGACUACAUUGUCCAGGAAAGCUGGUACCCCCAACCCUCUGACCCCAGCAGCCAAGCAGGAGCAUGCACUGGUGGGCCAGGCACUGCUGGAGGUCAUAGGACCUAGACUCAAGGGAGAUAACUACACCAUUUUCAAGCAAAUUGUCAAGGACGUGUUCUCUGGACUCCCAGAAACCACCAAACAAAGUUAUUCAGCAAGGUCAAGGUCAUAUGACAUUGAAAUGGCUGUGGAGCAGACGGCAAGAGAGGAAGGUCUCAUUCCACACAAGCGCUGGCUGGAGAAGUGCAUGCAGCUCUACAAUGUAUCACAGAUUCAUCAUGGUAUAGUGAUAGCUGGUCCCCCAGGGAGUGGGAAGUCCACCUGUAUCCAGACCCUGGUUGAUGCCCUGUGUGUGACCCCGCGGGGCCUCUCCAGGCACUCCCACAGCAGUAAGGGGACGGCUAUGGCAGAGAAUAACCACAAGCUGCAGAGAAUCAACCCCCUGGUUGUGGAUGACCUCUCUCUCAUGUUUGGUUAUAUCAACCAGAACCAGGACUGGGUGGAUGGGAUAUUUACCACUGCUUUGAGGAAGUCUAACAGGAAUCUCAGCACCACAUGGCUGUGUCUGGAUGGCCCACUCAAUUCUAACUGGGCAGACAACUUCAGCAGUGUCUUGGACAUUGGCAAGGCAAUGCACCUGAAGAAUGGUGACCGUCUGUUCCUGUCUGACAAUGUGAAGCUUCUGUUUGAGACUUCAGACCUCAGUCAGGCUUCCCCAGCUACUAUAGCAAGGACUGGUAUUGUGUAUGUUGACAAAGACGUCGUUGGCUGGAGACCCAUCUCGAAGGCAUGGCUGGAAAACAGGACACAGCAGGAAGUGCAUGUUUUACAAAGAGCAUUUGAUAAAACAGUGGAUGCUGUGUCGCACUAUGUCCUGGCAGAGGCCAAACCCAAGAUGCGACUGAGUGAAGUGGGCAUGUUCAAGACCUGUCUCAACCUCUUGUCGGCCAUGUUAGCAGACAACAUUGAGAUUGGUGGUGAGCUACACAUAGAGAGACUGUAUCUGUUUUGUCUGAUCUGGUCAUUUGGUGGACUACUGGACAAGGGAGACAGGAAGGGAUUCAGUGAUCUGGUCAAGACAUUGUCAUCUGCUCUCCCGGAUGAUGACCGUGAUAUCUGUGUAUUUGACUAUUAUGUGGAUGAGUCAGGAGAGUGGGACCCCUGGGUCUCUAGGGUACCAGAGGCCAUUUACACAGACAACAAGGACAUCUUGGGGCAGGUGUUUGUGGACACUGUGGACACAAUCCGCACCCGUGUGUUCCUGGAGUUUGCCUGUGCCUCAGGACAGAAUGUGUUGCUAGUGGGACCUCCAGGCUCUGGCAAGACCACCAUGGUCAAUGAGUUCAUUGAUGCCCAGGACAACCAGGUUCAGAUAGGGAAGAGACUGGUAUACUCUGGUGCCUCCACAGCCAAACAACUGCAGCAGUUUAUUGAAGCUAACAUAUACCACAGACAGGGAUUUGUUUAUGGUGCCAAGGAGAACAAAAGACUUCAGAUUUUCAUUGAUGACCUCAAUAUGCCUGUAGCUGACAGUCAGGGAGUGCAGAGAUGCAAUGAGCUCCUGAGACAACUUUUAGAUGACCGAACUCUCUGCACACUACAGAAGCCAUUUGAAUGGAGGACCAUAGAAGGCCUGAUUAUCUUUGCCACUAUGUCUAUGAGUGAAUAUCCCAGUGCCAAGAACAGAAAACUGGAAGAAAGGCUGAUGCGUCACUUUGCUGUGUUCCACCUGCCAUCCCCCGUGAAGGAUGGUCUGCAGAGAAUUGUGAAUGGAGUACUGGAGGGUAACAUGACAGCAGGAGACAAGCCAGCUUUGGAGCAGGAACUACACAACUCCAUAGUGACCGCCUCCUGUAAGACACUGACUGCUGUCCAAGAUGUGCUCAGACCCACACCUAUGCCAGGAAGAUACCAUUACCUGUUCACUUUGAAGGACUUGAUCACAUGCUUUCAGUGUCUGAAGCGUCUCCCUGAUGAGAACCGCGCGGAGGAUGUGACAGUGAUAUCUCUGUGGAGACAUGAGAUGAACAGAAUCAUGAAGGACAAGAUCUGCAGACAGUGUGAUAUCAACUGGCUAGAGGGGACACUGGAGAAGGUGGUGGAUGAGACAUGGCCAGGUAUGGCAGACCAGCUGUAUGAGAACUUUGUGACAUUCCCCAUUGAUACCAGAGUGUACCAGAGACCAGUGACCUCUCUAUCACAGAAACAAGUCAAGGUUGUUCUUCAGCCAAUCCAGAGUUUCCAUGAUGUCCAUAACUGCCUGUUUGCCCACCUGACCAGAUACAAUGAGGAGUUUGGUAACACCCAACUGGACAUCAUGUUAUCUGACCAUAUCAUAGCACACGUGGUCAGGAUGCACAGAGUGCUCAGUUUCCAUCAUGGUGGUAACUUUCUGUUUAUUGGUGCCAUUGGGUCACACCUGGCCCUACUGGUCAAGCUGGCCCUCCAUGUGGCUGACAUAGAGAUCCACCCAGUAGACUCCUCCAAACAGAACACUUUCUUUGAUGGCCUCAGGUCUGCAGUGAGACUGAGUGGAGCCGAGGGCAAGAUUAUAUCUCUUAUGUUCACUGCCCGUGAUCUCCAUGAUGACAUGUACCUGGAUGCCAUCAACAGUUUACUGGUGUGUGGAGAAUAUCCUCACUUGCUGUCUAAUGAUGAACUGGAUGGACUGCUACAGGCCAUUGGCCCAGCACUAAAGAGGGAGUUCCCUAAUAUGGCCCAGGACCCUAUGAAGUACUUUGUGUCCAGAAUUAAGAGUAACCUCCAUAUCAUAAUGUGCUUGCCUCCAAACCACAGACUUCUGAAGACUGCUUCCAUCCAAUACCCAGGUCUGCUGAGUGGGUGUCAGAUCAACUGGAUGUGUGACUGGCCUCAGGAUGCUCUCAUGGGAGAGGCAGCUUAUUAUAUCAAUAUUAACAAACUGGUGGAGGAUAAUGUGGACUUGAGUGAGAACCUGACUACGUGCUUGGCAAACAUCCACAGUUUUGGUCUACGUGACUGCAAGCAGAUGCCGUGGGCAGGAAACCUGGCACCAGAAAUUGCUAUGGUGCAGGUGUACCUACAGGAGAAGAAGAGGGGAGAGCAACUCAUCAAAUAUAAGAAUGUCAACCUCCCAAAUCUUCCAUACGCCAAGUCUAUCAUGGCUGAACAGAUCAGAGCUGUACACAAGAACUUAGAUGAGCCAGCCAAGAAUGAGGUGUUCAUAGGCCCCACUACAUACAGAAGACUGAUGGACUGCUUCAAGCAUAUUUACUCCACCAAAUGUAAACAGAGGACAGAGACAGUGUCCCAACUCAAGAGAGUACUGUACACAUUGGACAUUACAAGAGAAGAUGGCAAAAUCAUGAAGGAAGCCAUCAAAAACAUCAAAGAAAAAUAUGAAAAUGCCAAGAUAAGGACCAGUAACUUGUUGAGGUCAUUGACCCUGAAGGCCACAGUUCUUGAGAAGCUCAAAGCCAGGAUUGGUAUGGCAACCUCCCUUAGUGCCUUCCUGCAACUCAACGAGGUGUCUUCAGAUGAGGAGGAUGAAGAGGAGCUGCUGCAGAAAGAAGAAUAUGAUGAUUAUGAUAAAGAAUUUGACAGACUCAGGGAGACAAAAUUGAAAACCAGACAAGUGAAAGCAGUGGAGGAACUGGCUGCAGCUAAGAAGAAGGUAGAAGAGUGGAGAAAGAACCUUGAAUAUGCUAAGGAACAAGUAUUACACUGGAAGGGCAAGGUGGAUCGUUCCUGUAUUGAGAGACUGAGAGCAUUCCAGAACCCUCCAAUGUUGGUGGGUCACGUAAUGGAGAUGGUUAUGACACUGAUUGGAAAGCGAGGCUAUGGCGGUCCAGUGAAAAGUGAAAACAGAGACGCCAAGGAAGAAAAUAGGGCGACGUCUGCCAGUUCCAGUAGCACAAGGUUUACGGCAACCAAGAAAGUGAACUCCACGAAAGAUGUCCCAGAAAAGUUUGACCGUGGCAAGUGGAAGAAUAUGCAGUCAUCCAUGACAGAUUCCAUGAAGUUUGUAGACAUGUUGCACAAUGUACCAUGGGAAGAUGGUCUGCCAGAUGCCACUCUCAAAUCUGUUGAGAGCUACCUUGCCAGGGGUGUUGAUGGUGGUCUUGGGGUGACAGGAGAGGGUUCCAUGCUGGAAAAUGCUGCAGACAAAAGUUUUGUUGCAUCCCGGCGUUCCCCGUCUCCAGAUAACUCUAAAGGCAUCACGGUGGCUGCGGCCAAGUAUUCCAGUGAGGAUGCUGUGGUCCUGGUACAGUACACCAUUGCCAUAGUAGAGUACACCACACUGUGUGCCCCUCUGAAGGCAGCACUGGAGAGACAACAUGAACUGGAGAGGGAGAUUGAAGAGAAUGAGCGGCUUAAGAGAGAGAAGGAGGCAGAGGAGCAAGCAAAGGAGGAAAAGCUCAAGGAGUUAGCAGCCAGGCUGAAUAUGAACACAAAGGCUGAAGAGGCAGGAGCAGAGCAGGAGCAAGAACCAGAAUUGGAGGAGGAUCUCACAGAAGAUGAUCUUCCAAGGAUUCAGGAGGAGGUCAAUAAGCUACAGAUGCAGUUUGAUUCUGCAGUAGUUGAGAAACAUUCUCUGGAAAUAGAACUAGUGUCCAUGAAUGAGAGACUGAGGGCAGCCACAGAGAUGUUGGAAAGUUUGAAGUCUCAGGAGCAGGAAUGGCGACAACAUGUCAGAGAAAAUGACAGCAAUGAGAUGUUAAUGGCUAAUUGUAUUGCUGCAGCAGCUUUCCUGACCUACUGUGGUCCUAUGACUACUGAUACCAGGAAAAGGAUGGGAGAGUUUUUCAUGUAUGUGUGUGAACACCAUGGUAUGCCUAUGCCCAGGAAGCAGCUGUUCAGGAAUCUUGAACUCAUUGACUUCCUUUAUGAAACUACUGAAGUGAAGCAGCUAGAGAUGAAGAAGCUCCCCAUGACACGUCUGAUGUUGGAGAAUGCCUGCUUUAUCAUGCAGGAGGAGAGCAGCAUGGCCUGGCCACUGUUAUGUGACCCUACCAGCAGGGUCAUUGACUGGAUCAAGGGCUACCUCAAGGAGAAGAACCUCAUGGAGGUCAAAUACCAUGAACUUCGCUCCCAGCUAGAGAACUGCCUGGCAGACGGCACACCUCUCCUGGUGACAGAUGUUGAUGUCAAAGAACUAGUCUGUGAUGAAAGGUUUAGAAAUGUCCUGCUCAAAAGAGCAAGGUUCCUCAGAGAGAAGACUGCUUUCAAGUUAAUGGUGGGAGACCAUGAGGUGGAAUGUGAGCCCAAGUUCCGGCUGUACCUGCACACUACCAGUGAGCCCCACCACAUCCCCCAUGAGCUGGCUGCCUACGUGUCCUCCAUCUUCUUCCACAUGUGUAGAAAUGACAUGGAGGAGGAGCUGCUGGACAGGUUCAUGGCUCUGGAGAAGGCCAGGCUGGAGGAGGAGAAGACCACUCUUAUGCAUGAGAAAUUAGAAUACAUGCAGUUCUUCCACAAGAUAGAGAAGCAGAUGCGUGACCUGUUGUCCAGUGAUGUGCGGCUCAUGAAUGACUUAGCAGCCACAAAGAAAUUGGCUGACAUGAAAAAACAGUUUGAUGAAACUUUGGAAAGUCAUUCAAGAGUGGAAGCUAAUGAGCAUUCUAUCCUGCGUGCACGUGAAGGCUACAGAACAGUGGCAGCACGUGGUGCCGUGUGUUUUGAUGCCAUGCAGUACAUGCGGGAGAUCAACCCCAUGUAUCAGAACUCCUUCUGUCAGUUCUUAGAGGUUUAUGAUGCUGCCAUCAACCACUCUGAGAGAUCUUGUCUUGUUUGGUUGUGCCCCCUACAGUAUGGUGCUAGCAAAGCCUUCUAUGAAGCCCUCAUGGAUCGUGGGCUCAAGGGGUUUGAAGUGUGUCUGCUUGGAGAUGACCAGUAUGUAUUUACCAGACUUAACAGGGUGUUUGACAACAUGCCGCAGUCAGAAAACCUCAGCCACAAACUUUUCCCUAGACCCCCUACUCCAUUUGAAGGUCCCCCCAUAGCCCAGGUGAGCAUGCACAGCCUGAACCCCCAGAUAGUAAACAUGGGGGUGUUUGCCACAGCCAGCUUUGCUGCCAUGAAGCUGAGGAAAGAUGUAGAGCUGUGGGAGAUCUGCCAUACCACCAUCCCUAAGGUGCCAAAGGCUUUCAGCAAGGAAUAUGUCUUGGAGAAAAUCAAGAAGAAUGAGAGGAUAGACCCAGAGGCUCCAUUUUAUCUGUGGAUACAGAAAGAGUGUGAACAGAUGCAUGCUCUGCUCACUGAUAUCAAAUCAACUCUUGUGGCCAUCAAGAACGCCUGUGAGCUGGGUACAUUUGGUGACCAGUUGACUCCAGACAUGAUCCUGGCAGCAGACGACCUAUACCACAUGAGGAUACCAAGGACAUGGUGUGCCCUGUCAGGCCACUCAGCACCACCACAGAACUACCCACUUGGACAGUGGCUUACCUCACUGACUGAGAGAAAUCAACACUUUGAGAAGAUCAUUAUCUUGGGCCGUGAGAAGAUGCCUGCUUACUGGCUUGGUGCCUUCUUCAACCCCAAGGCUCUGCUAGCCUUACUGAAGCAAGACUCACACAAACACUACUCUGUGGAUAGAUCAGGGUCUGUGGAGCCAUUUGUCUUCCAGACAGAGAUCACAGCCAGGGAUAAAGACCAUUUACGAGAUCCCCCACAAGAAGGCAUGUUUGUAUUUGGCCUGUACAUGUGGGGCUGUGCCUGGGAGAAAACAACAGGAGAGCUGCUGGACCUGCCACCCAAACAUGGCUGCACACCUUUGCCCGUCGUACACAUCACAUGCUGGCCACAGUCCGAGAAACCAAACAUCCAGGAUCCAACACGAGCAGCAGAGACCUAUGCAUGUCCCUUGUUCCAUUCUCGCACUGCCCCACGCGACCCUAUCAUGGAGAUUGAUGUUAGGAGGGAGAACAUUCCCGCCACUCGUUGGGCUCUGAGAGGACUGUCAGCCACCAUUAGGCCUUAUUAAUUACUGCCACCAUCUUGUGAUAUGAUCACAGGACUUUUUUUAGGCACUGUAAACACUGCUGUUUUUAUUAAACAAUUAACCUCAAGGUUAUUCAUGAUUACAGUAUUUACCAAAAGGAUAAUGCCACCAUUUAAAAAGUAAACAAGGGUAAUUAAUACACAGCUUACUUGUUAAAUAAAGCACUUGUUGUCCUGUUACCUUGCAGUGGUCAUAGAAGGUUGACCUGGAGUUUCAAGGCUGAGUUUUAAUAUGCCCGUAAUUCUGGAGCCCUAUUUACACAACAGUAUUAAAGAAUCCAGAUUAAAGAACUGUAAGACUUUAUAUUAAAACCAAAUGCUUUGCAAGAUUGUUAUCAUCAUUCCUUCCAUGAUUAUACUUGAUUGCCAAGGUUGACAUUUUUUCAUCAACAUUUAAAGAGCAAAUAUUCCGUCCAAUAAUUCUACUUUUAUUCUGCUUUUUAAAAAGGUGGAUAUAUUUGACUUUUGUUUUUUUUUUUUUAAUGAAUAUUCCUUUUGAUACAAUGUGACUAAACUUAAAUUUGAUCAGUUAUGAAAUUAAAGGUAAACUGUUUUGUACAGAUUUUAUUUGUACAGAUAAUAUUGUAUAUAUUGAUGUUUGAGGAUUUAUUUUUGUACAUAUAUAUUGCCAUUUUAAUA